UCGGACUCCCUACAUGCAUCACACUAGAUUUUCGUUUGACAUUCUACACUAAUGGAACGCAUGGGUCGAUAGUGAAGCGGUGAGGUAGCAUCUCCUUCCAUUUCAACCAACACCGAAAACACAACCGACAAAAGCAACACACACGACUCUCCCAUGCCCAAAGAUAAGCGCCUCAACUACGUCGAGAAUGAGACGAUACUAUGUUAUCAUGGGCCAUUAUUGUAUGAAGCCAAGGUGAUGAAAGCAGAAUAUUGGGAACACGACGGAAAAAAGGAAUCAGAACAUGUAGGACCGCACUAUUUUAUUCAUUACAAAGGGUGGAAUGUAAAAUGGGACGACUGGGUUCCUGAAUCCCGUACUCUAAAAUGGACACCCGAGAACCUCCGCAAACAAGCCGAACUCGAAGAAACGGUUUCACCCACAGGUCGACGGUCGUCAGUGCGUGUACCCGAGAGAGGCAAGCGGUCCAGUCUGGAUAUGCGGAAACGACGACGGGAUUCUGUUUUAAAGUCACCGGAUGAACCCGAUAUCCUUUCUGGAUUGCCUAGCUUCAAACUCGCACUUUCCGAUCACCUUAAAGACUAUUUAGCCCAAGACUACCGAUACAUUGUCCAUAACCAAGGGCUGGUCCCCCUCCCCCGGACACCCUCCGUGAAAACCCUCUUAACCGACUACCUAUCCCACAUGUCCACAUCCCCCCAAUCCGAACAAGACGAAACCAAAACAGUCGUAGACGGUCUUACAUUGUACUUUAAUACUGGGUUAAAGAAUAUCUUACUCUACCGAUCAGAGAGACCGCAGUUUGCUGGGUUAGUCAAGCGGCUCCCAAAAAUGGAACCUUGUGAUGUCUAUGGAGCCGAGCAUUUGUUGCGAUUAUUUGUACGAUUACCGGUCCUGGUGGCUCGUGUGGGUGCCGAUGAGGAAACCCUCGAUCUAUUCAAAACGGCGAUUUACAGAGAUAUUAACGUUUAUAGAUGAGAGACGGGAUACGUAUUUGGUUGGAGAGUAUGAGAUGGGGAAUGGGUAGAGUUUUUGACUUGGGACUCGAUAGAUGUAUAAGAUCAAGGGAUUGGUAGAAUAAUGUGUGGUGUUCCCAGUACACAUUAGAAUUAAAAAUGGAAAAAAGUUGACAAAAAAGGAUGGAUUUUUUGUAUCCUCUUUUGUUUGGGAAUUUAAUUUUAAGCGAAAUGUGGCU